AUGGCUCAGUUAGUUCCUCUGCCUGAGGUGGAAAGGCUCAGUGCCUCGGUGGUCCGUAUCCUAGGAGGAAAUCCUGGAAAGUUUACGCUACAAGGAACAAACACAUAUUUAAUUGGCCAAGGGCCUCGACGUAUCCUCAUUGACACCGGGGAAGGGAAGCAGUCUUGGGCCGCGCGUUUGAAAAAAGUGUUGGCAGAUGAGAAUGCGACGGUCCACCAGGCUCUUGUAACGCACUGGCACCAUGAUCAUGUUGGCGGCAUCCCGGAUUUACUAAGACUAUGCCCUGAAGUGACCAUAUACAAGCACCAACCUGGGGAAGGACAGGUGGAUAUCCAGAAUGGGCAAGUCUUCCAGGUUGAAGGGGCGACGCUCAAAGCCGCCCAUACGCCAGGCCAUACAGUCGACCAUAUGAUGUUUGUGUUUGAGGAAGAAGAUGCAAUUUUUACGGGUGACAAUGUCCUGGGGCAUGGGACGGCAGUUUUUGAGGAUCUCAAGGCUUAUCUCGACAGCUUGAAGCGAAUGCAAGACCGUGUAUCUGGGCGAGGGUACCCCGGCCAUGGGGCGGUGGUCGAAAGUGCCACGGCCAAAAUAGCAGGGUACAUACGGCACCGACAACAGCGCGAGGACGAAAUCAUACGGGUGCUUCGUUACGGGAAACUCGAUGUCGGGGACCACGAGCGCUCACCCGAACGGAAGUCAUGGUGGACACCUCUUGAGAUCGUGAAGAUAAUUUACCGAGAUGUCCCCGAAAACCUCCAUCUCCCCGCUGCGAAUGGGGUUAUACAGGUGCUGAAUAAGUUGGCAGUUGAAGGGAAGGUCAUCCAUGACACGGACUCGGGCCGCUGGACCCUGAAUACGGGCAAGCCAGCCUUAUAA